AUGGAGUCCUUCUCUAAGUUCUAUGCUUAUCUCAUCAUUUGCAUGCUUUUCAUCUCCUCAGCUACACCUAUUCUUGGUUGUGGCUAUUGUGGAAAACCACAUAAAAAACACAAUCCAGGUAAAAAACCAAUCGUCACUCCACCAACUGUAAAACCACCAACUGUAAAACCACCCACUGUAAAACCACCUGUCACAAUACCUCCUAUCACAGUCCCUCCAGUUGUACCUCUUCCACCUCUUCCAGUCCCUCCCGUUGUACCUCUUCCACAUGUUCCAAUCCCUCCAGUCACAGUCCCUCCCGUUGUACCUCUUCCGCACGUUCCAAUCCCUCCAGUCACAGUCCCUCCAGUUGUACCUCUUCCACACGUUCCGAUCCCUCCCGUCACCGUUCCUCCAGUUGUACCUCUUCCACAUGUUCCACUCCCUCCCGUCGCCGUUCCUCCGGUGACAGUCCCUCCAGUGCUCAAUCCACCUAGCACAGGAGGAACUCCACCAAAGAAAGGAGGGGGUUCAUGUCCACCACCAUCAACUACACCUACACCAUCACCAUCACAUGAAACUUGUCCAAUUGACACAUUGAAACUAGGUGCUUGUGUUGAUUUACUCGGUGGUUUGGUUCACAUUGGACUCGGUGACCCUGCUGUCAACAAGUGCUGUCCUCUCCUUCAAGGACUUGCUGAAAUUCAAGCUGCUGCAUGUCUUUGCACAACUCUUAAGAUUAAACUUCUUAACCUUAAUAUCUAUGUUCCACUUGCUCUUCAGCUUCUUUUGGCUUGUGGAAAAACUCCACCUCCUGGUUACACUUGUUCCCUCUAA